AUGCCCAUCUACCGCUUCCCACUCCGCCGUCUGCUCGGCCGCUACAUCCCAGAGCCGCUGCCCCCGGCCGGCUCAUUCGAUGGCAAGACAGUCCUCGUCACCGGCGCCACGUCCGGCCUCGGCCAGGCGGCAGCGCAGCACUUUGUGAACCUCGGCGCCCACACCAUCAUCACCUGCCGUAACGCGACCCGGGGGGAGACGGCCAAGAAGGCCAUCGAGGCGGCGUCCACCAGCUCCACCGGCAGCGUGACGCUCAUGCAGCUCGACAUGAACUCGUACGACUCGUGUGUGAAGCUCGUCGACGACCUGAAGAAGGACUUCGCCGGCAAGGGGGGGAUCGACGCUGCCGUUCUGAACGCGGGCGUCCUCGGCGCCGAAUACGUCGUGAGCAAGGAGGGAUGGGAGGAGACGCUGCAGGUCAACACGCUCAGCACCUCGUUGCUGGGCCUCCUCCUCGUAGACUGGAUGAAGGCGGAGCGCAGCGUCCGGGAAGACCCAGCACACCUCGUAUUCGUGACCUCGCGAGAUCACCUGUACACCUCUAACUUGCAGUGGGUAAAGUACUCGGAGGAGGGCGGCAUCCUGAAGCAUUUCAGCGACCAGAAGAACUGGCCCAGGUGGUAUCCCAGUGCCAGGCCUCACUACGCCGAGAGCAAGCUGCUGCUCACAUACUUUAUUGAGGGGUUGGCCGACCUGGCCCGCGGGGAGGAUGGCGACCCCCAGGUCAUCAUCAGCCCCGUCUGCCCCGGUCUCGUCCGUACGGACCUUGCGCGCAAGACCUCCAACGUCAACUGGUUUCUGAAGCUCGGGACGCACAUCUUCUUCUUCGUCGGCGGUAAGAUCCCGGAGUUUGGUGCCAGAUACUUUGUCAAGGCGGCUACGCGACCCAAGGAAGACCACGGCAAAUUUGCCAUUGCCUGGUAUUCAUACGAGAACUACCUCAAGUUGGGCCAGACGGUGCGCGCAGUCACCUGUGCGCAUGCACGAAAGGUCCAGAAGUUGGUGUGGGCGGAGGUGAUUACCGAGCUCACCACCAAAGUGCCAUCAAUGGGGAAGUAUGCCCUUCCCAGCAGCAAGCCGACAGACGCAGAAUAA